AUGGGCGCCUAUCCCUAUGGGCGCCUAUCUCUUUGGGCGCCUAUCUCUAUGGGCGCCUAUCUCUAUGGGCGCCUAUCCCUAUGGGCGCCUAUCUCUAUGGGCGCCUAUCUCUAUGGGCGCCUAUCUCUAGGGGCGCCUAUCUCUAUGGGCGCCUAUCUCUAUGGGCGCCUAUCUCUAUGGGCGCCUAUCUCUAUGGGGGCGCCUAUCUCUAUGGGCGCCUAUCUCUAUGGGCGCCUAUCUCUAGGGGCGCCUAUCUCUAUGGGCGCCUAUCUUUAUGGGCGCCUAUCUCUAGGGGCGCCUAUCUCUAGUGGCGCCUAUCUCUAUGGGCCCUAUUCUCUAGGGGCGCCUAUCUCUAUGGGCGCCUAUCUCUAUGGGCGCCUAUCUCUAUGGGCGCCUAUCUCUAUGGGGGCGCCUAUCUCUAUGGGCGCCUAUCUCUAUGGGCGCCUAUCUCUAUGGGCGCCCUAUAUCUAUGGGCGCCUAUCUCUUGGGCGCCUAUCUCUAUGGGCGCCUAUCUCUAGGGCGCCUAUCUCUAGGGGCGCCUAUCUCUAUGGGCGCCUAUCUCUAUGGGCGCCUAUCUCUAGGGGCGCCUAUCUCUAUGGGCGCCUAUCUUUAGCGCGCCUAUCUCUAGGGGCGCCUAUCUCUGGGCGCCUAUCUCUAUGGCGCCUAUCUCUAGGGGCGCCUAUCUCUAUGGGCGCCUAUCUCUAUGGGCGCCUAUCUCUAUGGGCGCCUAUCUCUAUGGGCGCCUAUCUCUUGGGCGCCUAUCUCUAUGGGCGCCUAUCUCUAGGGGCGCCUAUCCCUAUGGGCGCCUAUCUCUAUGGGCGCCUAUCUCUAUGGGCGCCUAUCUCUAGGGGCGCCUAUCUCUAUGGGCGCCUAUCUCUAGGGCGCCUAUCUCUAUGGGCGCCUAUCUCUAGGGGCGCCUAUCUCUAUGGGCGCCUAUCUCUAUGGCGCCUAUCUUUAGGGGCGCCUAUCUCUAGAGGCGCCUAUCUCUAUGGGCGCCUAUCUCUAGGGCGCCUAUCUCUAUGGGCGCCUAUCUUUAGCGGCGCCUAUCUCUAG